AUGACAAAGGAAGAGGUACUUGAGGCCGUAAAGGGUAUGUCCGUGCUGGAGUUGGCGGAUCUGGUUAAGCUCCUUGAGGAGGAGUUCGGGGUCAGCGCCGCGGCGCCGAUGGCAAUGGCGGUUGGACCGGCAGCCGGAGCUGCAGAGGCGGCGCCCGCAGAUGAGGAAGAGAAGACGGAGUUUGACGUUGUCAUCAAGGAGAUCGGCCCCAAUAAGAUCAACGUCAUCAAGGGCGUUCGCGAGGUGACUACCCUGGCUACAAGGAAGGAGAGCCAAGGACUGGUUGGAUGGGACGCUCCGCAAGCGUAUACGGGACGGGAUCUACAAGGAGACGCGGAGCAGGGUCAGAGACAGAGAAGCUGGGUGCCAGGCGCCGGAGCAGUCGUAGCCGUACAAUAG